AGUGAUUUGCAUCCCCCUGUCUGGGUGGCUGUCGGUGGGGACCGGCAGCUGUCUCAGUCCAACUCUGGCUGGGGAAGAAGAAAAGGACUUCUGAUCGCUCUUCCUCUGGGACAAAAUCGCCAUGGCAUCGUUACUAGAUGAGGCUGGAAAGAAUGUGCUAUUGUAAAAUAAGAGAUCCCUGACCUGUCAUUUUAUUGACAGCCGGGCUGUUCCAGGCUCUUUCCCAGAAGUUGAACGAAGAAGCUCCUGUUGCUGUUUUUUUUUCCUUCCAAGUCCAGUGGUUUCCCUGGUAAUGGAUUGCCUCUCUCCGAGCUUCUACCCUGGUGAGAGUCUCCAGAUCUAAGUGUUCAAACCCGGCUAGGAAGAGGCACCAUUGUAAAAAUGACUGAAGAGCCCAUAAAAGAGAUCCUGGGAGCCCCAAAGGCUCCCAUGCCGGUGACACCAGAGAAGAACCCCAAGAGCGAAGUUGUGGUCCCCACAGUGCCCCUGGUCAGUGAGAUUCAGCUGAUGGCCGCGACAGGGGGUGCUGAGCUCUCCUGCUACCGCUGCAUCAUCCCCUUUGCCGUGGUCGUCUUCAUCGCGGGCGUCGUGGUCACCGCGGUGGCGUAUAGCUUCAAUUCCCAUGGCUCCAUCAUCUCCAUCUUUGGCCUGGUUGUUCUGUCAUCUGGACUUUUUUUAUUAGCCUCCAGCGCCCUGUGCUGGAAGGUGAGACAAAGGAGCAAGAAGGCCAAGAGACGGGAGAGCCAGACAGCUCUCGUGGCAAACCAGAGAAGCUUGUUUGCUUGAGACCAAAUGAGACCCACUGGGCUAUGUGGCCCCAAAACCCUGCUCUGACUUUGUCAGCUGUUGCACCCAGAACCAUCAAGGGAAACAGUUGACUUGGUAUCGGAGCAGACGAGAAGAACCAGGGGUGGGUAGGGGGUAGAGAGGUUUCUCCUUUGAGAGAAAUGACUUGUGUCUUCUUUAAUGACAAACUUAACCCUAAGGGCUAUUUCUAAGACUGAAAAAUCAGCUUUCUCUUUAUGUUAAACAUUUUUUGGGGGGGUGGUGACUCAUAGGAGGGGCCCAGCAUUAGACAGCAAUUGGUUCACCCUGGAAAGUAGCCGAGAAAAGAUGAGAAAAUAACAGGAUAGUCCUGACACACCAGACCCCUGCCUCCAAAAGAAAUAACCCAUACUCUUUAGAAGUUGUAUCAUAAAAAGCUUUCUGCCAAGGGUCUAAAUUUCUUUGGACUUUGCAUACUUCCAUGAAAUUCUGUGAUAAUUUUUUUUUCAGUAAGUUGAUUUUCUGGCAUCUGUUUUUAUUUUUCACUUUCAGUAACUCAUCACUGGUGGUACUUUCUCUUGAAGAAUAAACUAAUGUUUUGUAUGUUUUAACAUUAGACUGUUUUAGGUGUUUGUAAUGAUGUAUCAGAAGAAAAAAAAGUAAAAGUUAUAGUUAAUAUAGGAUGUUGGGGGCUAAAUUAAUAUUGAAAUAAUCCAAUAUAGCACUUUUGAUGAUUUUUAUAUGAAAGGUAAAUGUACAUUUCAUUCAAAAUAAUAAAUACUCAUUGCUGCUGAAACUUCUUAAAUGGUUGUUUCUGUUGUAGCUAUUUUUAUUACAGUUCCAAAUUGCUCAUCUUCCCUUGUCUCAUUUGCAAGUUCUCAACUGUACUUCUCUCAAAUGGGCAUGUUGCUCCUUCUUAACUUUAAGAUUUUUAUUUCUAUCAUAUUUUUUCAUUACUUUUAAAUAAUAGUAUUAAUUAUGUUUACUGUAUUCAAAAGGAUUUCCCUGCCAUUAUAAUGUUAGGAAAUCAACACCCAAGGUCAGGAAUUUUAUAAUGUCCCAUUAAAUGUGCAUUA